UUUCACACCACUGAAACUCUUUACGAAGGCCAAUAUACCCACAAAGCAGGCUCAUCCGGCUGGCCCUUUCAUUUCGUCGUCCCUGCUCAAGCAGACCCGACAUGCCUGUCGGGCCAGAAAUCGAAGGGCAACGGCUACUUCCGGUCAACAGAAGGAAAUCAGUUCGAUCUCACACUCCCUCCAACAAUGUACCACUUCCGGAACGGACCAGCCAACAAUGAAUGCUUUGUAGAGUAUGUCCUCGAAGCCAGGGUGACCGAAGCUGAAGACCUGCAUCGGACUCGCAGCCCCAAAGUCAAUAAAUCGACAUAUCCCAUCGUUUUCCACCCGUCAUCAACCCCGAAACCGAUCGAAGAAUACAACCUCCUGACGAAAAACCAACUGUUCUCCAUCACGACGAUGAGACUCCUCCCCCAGUAUACUGGAACAAUGCUGCGUAUCCGCGACCGCGCCCGUUCCAUCUUCCGGCCCCGAUCCAUGCCCAGGUUCUCCUUCAUCUUGACCGUGCAGAGUCCGACCAUCAUCCAACUGUUCCACCCAGACCCGAUACCCUUCCUCAUCAGCGUGACGCUAGAUCCGUCGAGUGAGAAUAGGAAUAUCGCAGAGCCCUAUCCUGAAAUAGUGCUGCGGUCUUUGAAAGUCGACCUUCGAAGCUGGGUCGGAUACCGCGCCGACCAGUACUCCGAGUUGACAUGGGCAAGCACUCCCAUUCAUGCGUGUAACAUGCUCAACCAAGUUCUGGCACCCACUGAGGACGGCGGCGCCCCUCUCAACAUCGGAACUCUUUACAACUUUCGCCUCGGCAACGCCAUACUCGGGUCACAGGCUGAUUCACAGCUGUAUCCGACGUUUACCAGCUACGACAUCGUCCGCAAGUACCUUCUCACUUAGGAAGUGGAGGUACAAUGCGCUGAGAAGAAAGUGGAGUUCAAUUCCGGAGGCAAUCAACCUGGUUGUACCGUUAUUGGGCCUCCUGCUAGCGUCUUGGUUGACUACCAACCAAAGAAAUCGGCGAUGAGACAAGGCCACACGACAGACUGCAAGACGGAAAAUGAAAAGCCUGAUGUUGUUGCAUCUCUAGAGGGUGCCAGUAGGACCAAGACCAAGGAGGCAGCCGGAUCCCUCAUGGGUACUAGUAGGAUCAAGGCCGAGGAGGCAGCAGCGGAAGAUCGUCAGUCAGAUUUGGAAGAGCGUCCUGUUCCCGACACCGACAGUGACGCCCAGGACACAAACACAGGGAGUCGAAAGAAAGCACGUCACACAUCACCCAACUACGUUCCUCGACACAGGAGAUUGAGA